GGGCAUUCAUCUUGGAUGAACGCCCUGGUUGAUAGAAAAUUUGGAGAAUGCAAAUUCGUUACUGAAUGUAACGAUCGACCAAAUAACCUGGAUCGCCUCAAUCCCACAAAUUGGAGAUUUAAUUGUGGAUUCAUAGUAUUUCUUGUGGGAAACCACAUGGGCAGGAGAUCCAUGUUAUUCUGCUCUCUAAUACUGCUUCUCUUUAGUUGGAUGAUGCAUCUUCUGUAUGACACAGAUUUGGCAAUUUAUACAAUACGAACAGUCAUGGGUAUUAGUGCAGGAAUGUGCUUCCCAUUAAUAUUGAUAUAUUUUUCCGAGAUAGCGCUAGUGAAUCAUCGUGAUAUGGUUACUUCCAGCCAGGCUUUUUCAAUGAAACUCGGAGUUUUAUUAAUGUACAUAUACAGCGCUUUCGUGCCGUCAAAAAACACAUUUAUUUUUCCAACCACGCUGGUCGUUCUUUCGGGACUACUUUUGCUGACUGUGCCAGAAACACCAUAUUAUUUGGUGCUUCAUAAAAAUUAUGAAGAAGCAAAGAAAUCUUUGACUCGACUUCGGCAAACUUUUGAAGAGAAGGAAAUACAAAUGAUCGUAAAAGAUACGGAGAACUGUGUGGCGAAAUGCAAAUGGAAGGAUUUAUUUCUCGUGUCAAACAAUCGAAAAGUGCUUCUCGUUGUUACUUCCAUCGUCGUCACGUCUCAAUUUGCUGGCAAUGCUAUAAUCUUGGCUUAUAUCAACGACAUCUUCAUUGCGUUCGGAAAAAAAUCAAGCAUAAACUGUACAAGAACAAUCGGAUGUGUGAGUACUGUGUGCACCAUGUUGCUAGUAGAUCGUAUGGGUCGCAAAACUAUCUUCCUUGUAUCGGUUAUUAGAGGUGGGAUAUCUAGCUUCAUCAUAGGGACAUGUAGUUUACUUUUGGAGAAAAAUGAUCACGUGGACGUUACAGUGUGUUUGGCCCAAUUAAAUGCGGGUCUGUUUUUGGAAUGGACGUCACCAAUGAUAAUAAAAUCCUCAGUCGACGACUUUCCUUCCAAAAUUGCUAUCGACGAAGCCUCCUGGAUAGCAUCUUUAUUAAAACUUGGAACAGCGUUCGGUUGCUUUCUUUCGAUAUUCAUCGUUGACUUUCUAGGCAGAAAAAUCUCGAUAUUGCUUACUAUUAUUCCAACUUGCCUAAGUUGGUUACUAAGAAUAUGGAACCCAUCGAUUCUGAAUCUGUACAUGGCCAGUUUCAUAGGCGGGAUUGUCAGUGGCAUAAUUUUCACGAGUGGCUCGAUGUUCGUGACAGAGAUCUCUCCUGCGCACAUUCGCGGUGCCUUGUGCAGUUGCUUCGUAUUAAUGCAUUAUUGCAGUAAUCUUUUGAGCUGUGUAAUCGGCUCAUUUAGCACCGUGCACCAAUUUUCUUACGUGGCGAUAUCAUUGGCAAUGCUGCAAUUUCUGAUAUUUAUUUGGUGCCCUGAAACUCCUUAUUACUUGCUGCGCCGAAAAAAAUUCGCAGCUGCUAUGGAUUCUUUGAUAUUCUUGCGCGGUUCGGGUGACGUUACCGAGGAAAUGGAUUCUAUUAUUAGAGCGGUUGAAUCCAGUCCUCGAUGCAAUGGGAUAUUGUCUUCUAUCUUACACUUAAUUUCUGAGUCAGGAGGAAAAGCUGCGAUCUUAAUCGGCACAGGUGUAAUGACGGUGCAAGCGUUCUCAUGCUCGAUUAUUCUUAUCGGUUACGCCCAAACGAUCUUCGAGGAGAUCCACGACGUUCAACUGCAGGGGGUCUACACCAGCAUCGUCUUAGCAACGGUGUAUCUGAUCUCGUAUCUUAUGUACAUUAGCUUGGUGGAUCGUUUAGGAAGAAGACCUCUAAUGGUUAUAUCCACCAUAGGCGUUUCUAGUUGCAGUUUCCUUUUGGCUGUCUACUUCUGCAUGCAAGAGAACGCCGUAGAUACCACGAAUCUUCGGCUGUUGUCCUUCGUAGCAGUAUUAUUUUACACGAUAAGCUACUCUUUAGGAUUGGCCAGCGUACCUUUCGUUGUUGUAAACGAAAUAUUUCCAAUCUACGCGAAAGCAACGUGUAUCAGCUUUUGUUUCUGUAUAAAUUUCGUAUGGUCUUUUAUCGCGUUGCAUGUCUGGAGUGAGAUCAUGUUCGAACACAACGCAUAUUCCUUUGUCUUUUGGUUUAUUUCCAGUCUGAACACGUUCAGUAUCUUCUUUCUAGUGUUUUACUUUCCGGAAACGAAAAGAGAAUCGUUAUUGGAAAUUAGGAAGAAUUUUAUCGAGGGAAUAAAAAAGUGAUUAAUCAGGUCAUUAUUUUGGUUGAAAGGUGUAAUGAGUCAAGAAGCUUGAAAGUUUACGAUUAAUUAUGAGAAGAUGUCAUUGCCGAAAAAUAAAAAUAGCAUCUAUUAAAAAACCACAUAAAUUAUUUAUUGAAAAUGUUAGAACAACCUUUUAAAAGUCCAUUUUGGAACCUAUAUAAACAGGUACUGCGACACAUAUUGUAAUUUACAGUAAUAUGUACAUUUAAGGAUACGAACAGUCUGGAAAUCGCCGAGUUCAUAUCGAUAUUUGGAAUCGUACAUACUUUACUUCGUAGCGGGUGAAUUUCGAGCAGCGUAAUCCGUAAUAGAAACCAGGGAACAAGCAUUGUAACUCGACAAGGGUGUAGUUGAAUCGAUACGAAAUAAAUAAUUUUCCAAAAAUUGCAUUGUAAACGAGAAA